GCGCACUGAAAGGAGCGCACAAGUCACGAGUGUGUGUCCAUUGCGGCGCCUGCGUCAUUCAGGGAAGAGACCAAGGAGGCGAGGAGGAGCAGCAGCGGCAGGCAGGAGAGUGAGAGACGGAGGGCAAGAUGGAGGUGGGGUUCCUUGGGCUGGGCAUCAUGGGGAAGGCAAUGGCGACCAACCUCCUCCGCCACGGCUUUCGCGUCACCGUCUGGAACCGGACUCUCUCCAAGUGCCAAGAGCUCGUUGCGUUGGGGGCUACCGUCGGGGAGACGCCGGCGGCCGUCGUCGCCAAGUGCAAGUUUACCAUCGCCAUGCUCUCCGAUCCCAGAGCCGCGCUAUCUGUUGUUUUCGACAAGGAUGGUGUGCUCGAGCAAAUCGGAGAGGGGAAGGGCUAUGUGGACAUGUCCACUGUUGAUGCCGAAACGUCUUGCAAGAUAAGUGAGGCGAUCAAACAAAAGGGUGGAGCUUUUGUUGAAGCUCCUGUUUCAGGGAGCAAGAAACCAGCUGAAGAUGGUCAAUUGGUCGUUCUUGCUGCAGGGGACAAGGCACUGUAUGAUGAUAUGGUCCCUGCAUUUGAUGUACUUGGGAAAAAGUCAUUCUUUUUGGGGGAGAUUGGAAAUGGAGCAAAGAUGAAGCUGGUGGUUAACAUGAUCAUGGGAAGUGUGAUGAAUGCUUUUUCUGAGGGACUAUGUUUAGCUGACGAAAGUGGGUUGAGCCCACAGACGCUUCUUGAUGUCCUGGACCUUGGAGGCAUCGCUAAUCCGAUGUUUAAGAUGAAAGGUCCCUCAAUGCUCCAGGGCAGCUACAAUCCUGCAUUUCCCCUAAAACAUAUGCAGAAGGAUAUGAGGUUGGCUCUUUCCUUGGGAGACGAGAACGCUGUCGCCAUGCCAGUCGCAGCUGCUGCCAAUGAGGCAUUCAAGAAAGCAAGAAGCUUGGGACUUGGGGACCAGGAUUUCUCAGCGGUGCACGAGGUUCUGAAAGGAGCAGGUGGUUCAGGCCAAGCAUGAUCGGUCAUGGUUUCCUCUGAAACCCUGAAUGUUAGAACCAUAUGCCUGUAUCACGCCUGUUGCAGAUCUUUCAAAGCGUCUUGUAAUUUGUCCAAACCAAGUGGCUUACCAUUGUAUCACGCCUGUUGCAGAUCUUUCAAAGCGUCUUGUAAUUUGUCCAAACCAAGUGGCUUACCGUUGUAUCGCUGUGUAUAUUCAACGUUUGGUACCGGAUUGCACGAUGUACUUGCAAGUUUGGAGUUACCAGCUUAUGCAUGAACGAUCCAUUGGCAUUU